AUGGUACGUAUGUUGCUUCAUCGUUACGAACCAGAUCUGGAAGUACUGAAUAAUAUAUUUUUUGGGGAUGCAAAUCCAAGUCGACAAAUAUUUUUGAAUGUUUCGGUGCUAUGGGUAGCUACAUCGACCAAUGAUUUCGAAACAGUAAGAUUACUAGUCGAACAUGGAGCCAAUGUAAAUCACCGAACUAAAACAAAUUCAACACCAUUACGUGGUGCUUGUUAUAAUGGUAAUGUAGACAUGGCUCGUUAUUUAAUUGAAAAUGGUGCAGAUGCACAUCUUGCCAAAGAUAGCAAUGAUACGAAUCUAAUGGUGAGUGUAUGUCGUAAGCAUUUAAACAUGGUUACUUAUCUUGUUGAUGAGUUAAAGUGUGAUGUAAAUGAGUGUGACAGUAAUGGCCGUUCAGCACUUUACGACGCUGUCACUUGUGGAUCAAUUGAACUAGUAGAGUUUCUACUCGAACGUGGAGCUCGCAACUUUCGGGCUGUAGUCGAUCAAAUGUCUCCACUAAUGUGGGCAGCAGAAAGAAGACGUUCAGAUCUUGUAGAUGCUAUUUCUCCUUACUGUUCGCUACUUGAAAGGAUAGAAGCUCAAGAACUGCUUGCCAGUGCUUUUAUCUGUGGUAGUCGUGAUGAUCAUGCUUUUGAUCAAUCAUUUAAACAUUUUUCCCGAGCAUUCGAGCUAAGAACGAUUCAUAAUCUUUCGAAAGCUACGAAAUCAGCUACAAAUAAAAUUUUCGAUAAUCGACAUGAGUGUCAAACAAUCGAGCAACUCGAAGAAAUACAUUCGAAUACAGAUCAGUUGUAUAUCGAAGCUUUGCUGGUACGUGAACGAUUGCUCGGUUCGACUAAUGAAGAAUACCGUUAUUCACUAUGUUAUCGUGGUGCUAUUCUAGCAGACAAAGGACAGUAUGAUCAAGCAGUUGCUUAUUGGAUAUAUGAAUUUGGCUUGUGUCAGCAAUAUUCAAUUUCAAUUGAUCCAAAAUAUUUGCGGCGUUUUGCAGCACUUUUUAGUGGAAUGUUAUAUAAGACAAAAUCUAUACCCAUGGAAGCUUUGUUUACAAUAAUAAAAGCAACAACAGAAGAGCUCGAGCAUGACAAGCAAAAUUUCAAUGAUAAUUUGUCUACUUUACUGUUUCUGAUAACAAUUGUGGGUCAGUUUUUAAUAAAAAACAUUGCUUCUACAGCAGAUUGCAGAAUAUUCUUUUCUCUUCUUCAUUCUAUUUGUUGCCGUCAUUAUACUAAAUUAGACUCGAAAAUGUCUUUAUUACAUCUCGCCUUGAAUACUCAAACAUGGGUCGAUGAUUAUCAUAUUAAACGUAUUUGCAAAUAUCCGUGUUUUCAAACAACUCGCAUCCUUUUACAAUGCGGUGCUUCUGUAAAUGCAUUCGAUAUCAUAAAAAAUACACCGCUACAUGUAAUUGCUUCUAGUAAAUCUUCAUAUGAUGAAUCUAUAUUAAAACUUCUCUGUGAUGCUGGUGCUCAUCUGGAUUUUGUUAAUGCUUUUGGGGAGACACCAAUCGAUUUAGCAACAAGGCCAGAUAUCAAGCAACUACUGAAAAGUAGAAUGAAACUUAGUUUAAAGUGCCUAUGUGCACAGUUGAUUCGAAAGAAAAAUGUACAAUUUCAUGACCAAAUUGCUGUUUCACUUAUUAACUUUGUUGAAAAACAUUGA